AUGCUGCAGUUCUCUCUUCAACCUUUGUGUAAACUCAGGAGUCUGAUAUUAGAUUUUUGUGACAUUUCCCACAUCAAUGUCAGGUUUUUCCCCGAAAAUCUAGAAACUCUUAGCAUUUGGAAUUGUAAUCUCCCUUUGCCGCUAGAUUUACCAAAGCUGAAAUAUCUUCGAAAGCUAGAAAUUGAGGAGGGGAGACCUGGAGUGCAAUUGGUGCCAAAUAGCAUAUAUAAUCUCCCUAGUCUCCAAGAAUUGCGUAUACCAAAUGGAUUCGAAGAUCUGGAUGUUGGACCCGGAAUAAGUUGGGAUGCUGUUUCUGCGCCCAUUUUGGUCGAGAUUAGUAAAUUUACCGGUCUGAAAAGUUUACAGAUGUAUUUCCCGGAUUUUGAGCCUUUUCAAGAUACUAAUGUAUUUACUAACCUACUUGAAUACAAUAUAUGCGUUGGUCACCCAGGAGAGCAUACUCGAUAUUAUCCAGAUUAUAUUGUUUCUUCUAAAAAAUCGAUUGAGUUGUACGGCACUUGGCCAGAAAUCUUGGGAGGUCUGAUAGAGAAGGCUGAAGAGGUGAAGUUGCAUGGCACCGAUAUGAAUGUGAGUAGCAUCCACAACAGGAACAAAAAAGCAUUCACAGAUUUAAGAAAUCUAUAUAUUGAAGAAUGCAACACCAUGGAGUAUCUAGCAAGGAUAUCAGAGGAUGAAAUUUGUUAUAGUAGCCAAUCACAGACAUCUUUCUGUAAGCUAACAACUUUAGAAAUUAAAAACUGUUCCGGAAUAAAAUACCUCUUUAACGACUUUGUCGCAAAAAGUCUGGUGCAGCUACAAAAUCUCUAUAUAAAUAGUUGUCCUGUGAUGGAAGCAGUUAUAAUGAAUGAAGGCACAAGUGAUAAAGAUAUCAUAUUCUUCUCAAAAUUAAAAUCACUGGAGCUGAUAAAUCUGCCGAGACUCAAAUGCUUCUACAAACAAAAGGAUAUGAAUUCCAGUGCAACAUCAAUAUUGGACAAGUCUGUUAUUCCCUUGGUCCAACCUCAACCUCUAUUUGAUGGGAUGGUUGCAUUCCAGUCAUUGGAAGAAUUGUUUUUGGACUAUAUGGAAGAUAUUAGUGAAAUUUGGGGAAAGUGUUACAAUGACAAUGUAUCCUCCUUUUCCAAACUAAAGAGGCUUAAGGUAGAUGGAUGCAAUAAACUGGAAACAUUUAUUCAACUUUCUAUGUUACAUAGGCUGCGGAAUCUGGAGUGUAUAGAAUUAAGUUACUGUGAUGGCCUCAGAAACAUGUUCCUACCUUCUAUUGCCAAAGAUCUUAUGCACCUCAAGGAAAUGUAUCUAUCUGGCUGCAAGAUGAUGACACAUAUAAUUGGGGCAGGUGAACAAGAAAUCACAGAUGCAAUUGUGUUCUCUGAGUUGACACUUCUAAAUCUAGAAUGUUUGCCGAAUUUAAAAAGUUUUUGCUAUUACCAGAGUGAGGAAGACAACAAUUACAAGGUUGAAUUUCCGAAGUUGGUGACUUUCCGUACCAGAUGGGCAGAUAUUAAGUUGGAGGGCAUAGAUGAUUCGGCUUGCCAACUAGAGCCUACCACUAUAUUGUCUUAAGGAUGUACAAUUUCCUUAUAUGUGGAUACA